AUGCUCACACCGAUCCUCUCGCGUACCUACUGGUUAUACCAAGACAUAACUCUGCAGCAACGGGCUGUCAUUCUUGAUCAAGCAUGGCUCGAACUCAACACAACGGUCUUGCUUGAGCCAUCGGUAUCACCGAGAGGCGACUCAACUAGUCGACACGAGGGACUUCAUUCUGUGACCGCUGGGCUGAACUUUGUCCUGAUCUCUGACCAGAUCCCCCCUUUGGCGUGCGCCACCGGUGGAGAUUACCCCGUAUCCAACAUCGAGAUCUAUAAUCAAAUCUCAACCCCCUCAGGCAAUAUCCUAUCCGCCGUUGAGCCUGCUGUCGCUCUACGGAGAAGCGGUCUGACCAUGGGUGCUGAGGAUAAACUGGUACUUGCGCGAAAAAUCGGCCGUACUGAGCUCCUGGUGUCUAUAUGGACGGGCUUUGGCAUCGCGACUUUGCUACUUGCCAGCCGCUUCGCAAUUCGGAUGCGCCUCCACCGGCGAUUGUUUUGGGAUGACAUUCUUGCGGGACUUGCCUAUCUGUUCCUUCUAGGUCAUAAUAUACUAGCCACCUUGUCGGCUCCCACAGUCUACUUGCUACUUCAUCUAUAUGAGAAUAACCAGGGCCUGUUGAUGCCGGGCGUCCUACGCGACAUUGAUCAUUUGGCGAAGCUAGUAUUUGCGAGCAACUUUCUAUUCAGAUUUUGUAUUUACUCUGUCAAAGCUAGUCUGCUCGCUCUGCUUUGGAGGCUGUUUCGCAGUCUUCCAGCAUUUCGCCGAGCUUGGUGGGUGAUUGCCGGAGUUGCCGUGAUAGGAUUUUUAAUCUCGAUUAUCAUGCCGACGGUUGCAUGUCCAAGCGUGACUGCUCUCGGUUGUAUAUCCCCUAAAAAUCUCAAGCUAGAGGCUAUCAGCAUGUACAUGACCACUAUAGCCGAUGUCCUCACAGAUAUCCUAAUCAUGUCUGUUCCCGUUGCAUUUGUCCUCAAGUCUUCUCUCCCGGCGUCCCAGAAACUUGGUCUCGUCGGCCUCUUCCUGCUCGGCCUUGCCGUCGUCGUCAUGGCAAUUCUUCGCAAUCUUGAAACUGACGGCAAAUCUAAGCAUCCACCCCCGUCCUGGCUUCUAUUUUGGAGUGCAAUGGAAGCAACAGUUGCAGUAAUGGUGUCAUGUUUUGCGUCAUACAAAUCUCUCUUUACCAGCCACGCACGACCUACUGCUUACCAGUACCAAUCUGGAUACUCGACAUCAGUUGCAGUUUCCAGCAGAGUGGGAGCCAACAAGAACUGGACCGACACUGAUUCAAGGGAAGAAAUUAUGCGCCGAACGGAGUUUGAAGUUACUUACGAAAUGGCUCCUAUUCCAGAGCAACCACUGCCUAGCCCCAGCUGGCCGACCAAGACACGGUGA